AUGACAGAAUUACCAGAAUUUGGCGAUUUAGACUUUUUAUCUGAUUUUGAACUUCUUGACAACACCAUUAAUUCUGACUUAGACUUGGCAAGUAUUCUUAAUGAGGAUAAUUCUGCUAUGCUGCCUGAAGAAAUCAAGCAAAAUGUAAGUGUAGAAAAUUCAAAGGAAAACAAAGAACAAAGAAAAGCUCCAACUUUUAUUGAGAUAUCUGAUGAAAAAAAAUCAAAUUUUAUUGAAAACAUGAAAAACAAGAACACUGUCAGGAAAACACAGUCUGCUGUAAAACAAUUCACUACAUGGCUGCAGCUGAGCCCUAGAAAUGAAACCCGUGAAAUUAACAGAAUACCGACAAGUGAACUGGACAACUUCAUUGGGUCAUUUCUGCUAUCCAUAUGGAAGGCGGAUGGGUCAGAGUAUGAGCCAGACACAUUGACCAGCUACCAUCGCUCUAUUGACAGAUACCUGAAAGAAAAAAAAUACCCUUACAGUCUGGUAAAUGACAAGGAAUUUGAAACUAGCAGAACUGUCCUAAUGUCAAAAAGAAAAGAGCUUAAACAGAAAGGCAAGGGUAGCAAACCCAACGCGGCCGAGCCAUUAACUGUUUCCGAGGAAAACAAAUUAAAGGAAGAAGGCUGCAUUGGCUUACAUAGCCCCAAGGCUUUAUUAAACAAAAUAUGGCUGCAAAACACUAUGUUAUUUGGUAUUCGUGGUGGCACGGAAAACCAUAAAUUACAAUGGGCUGAUAUUGAAUUAUGUAAGGAUGAAAAUGGGAAAGAAUACCUAGAAUUUCAUGAACGUGAUACUAAAACUAGAACAGGAGAAGUUACUUAUCUUCGAGCUUUCAGGCCAAAACAAUUUGCUAAUCCAGAUGAUCCCCUGAACUGUCCCGUGGAAGCUUACAAAACAUUCCGAGACCACAGACCACCUUCUACUAAAACACCAAGCAGUCCUUUCUAUGUUGCCAUAAAUCACAAGAGGACUCCAGACUCUCAGUUCUGGUACAAGAACCAGCCAAUUGGAGAAAAUUCUCUUCGCUCCAUCAUGAAGGACAUGGCAACCAAGGCAAAUUUACCUGGAAAGAAAACAAACCAUUCUGCGCCUGCUUCAUGCAGGGAUUGCUCCAACAACGAUUCAACAACUCACUGGGCAUAA